AUGGCUCUGGAACAGUUGGGUUUAGAAGUGAGCGGCGUUGACGGCGACGCUAACGGCGUUAGUAAAGGCGGUGGAGAAAGUAACGAAGGCGGAGAUGACGGCGUUAAGACGGCGAGGCUUCCUCGUUGGACAAGACAAGAGAUUCUGGUUCUGAUUCAGGGGAAGAGAGUGGCGGAGAACAGAGUCCGGCGAGGGAGAGCUGCUCUCGGGUCGGGUCAAUUGGAGCCCAAAUGGGCUUCCGUCUCAUCUUACUGCCGUCGUCACGGCGUGAAUCGUGGGCCGGUUCAGUGCCGGAAAAGAUGGAGCAAUCUCGCCGGAGAUUACAAGAAGAUUAAAGAAUGGGAGUCUCAGAUUAAGGAAGAAACAGAGUCGUAUUGGGUCAUGAGGAACGAUAUCCGCCGUGAGAAGAAGCUUCCUGGUUUUUUCGAUAAGGAAGUUUACGAUAUUGUUGACGGUGGCGUGAUUCCUCCUCCGCCGGAGCCCGCUCUUGCGCUUGGUUUGGCUCCGGCGUCGGCGGAGGGAUUGUUGUCUGGUUUUGAUCGGAGAGAACCGGAGAGAAGUCAAGAAAAUUUGAAUUCGGAUCAAAUAUCAGUUCCGGUUAUGGAUAAGGAGAAACAAACAGUUUGUGGAGCAGAUCAAGGUAGAGAGAAAGAGAAACAUCCAGAAGUAGCAAACGCAGAAGCUGCAUCGACGUCACAAGAAGAGAGAAAGCGUAAACGAAAAGCGGUUGGUGAAGAUGAAGAAGAAGCAACAAAGAGCAUGCAGAAUCAAUUGAUAGAGAUACUAGAAAGAAACGGGCAAUUAUUGGCGGCACAGCUCGAGGUUCAGAAUUCAAACUUAAAACUAGACAGAGAGCAAAGAAAAGAUCACAGUGAUAGCUUAGUCGCUGUUCUCAACAAGCUCGCAGAUGCUGUGGCGAAAAUCGCAGAUAAGUUGUAG